GGCACGUGCAGCAUGAUGAGUCGUCUGCGUGAAAAGUGCAUCGUCAUCUUCAUCAUCCUCACCGUCAUCGGCGUUGUCCAGCUGAGUCUGAUCGUAAGGAAGCGGCGUGCACAGUCUCCCAACCCUUGUCGCCGUGUAUAUGGCGUCCAGUGGGUCCGCGACCCGGAGACUUGUCACCGCUACUACAUCUGUGUAGCCGGACGCUCGGUCCAGAUGCCGCCAUGUCCUCGCAACUACGUCUGGUCCGUGUCCGGCAGAAACUGCGUCCCCGACAACUCCCGCUGGAACGACUGCAACAUCACCAGCUCCUCUAACGACUCCAGAGAAGCAGCCAGGUUCACGAUGAACGGCAGACGUGGGUUUGCUGCGGUGUCCGACCGGAUGGAUGCGCUUGUUCAUAUCCCCAGUCCAGAGGAAAAGCGACAGGAAGCCAUCAGGCGAGUGUACCCGAACCACCCGUGCGUGUUUACCAAGCAGGAGACGCUGCUGCCCCACCCCGAGUACUGCCACUGGUACUUCAACUGCUCCCUCAUCCCCCGGGAGGAGGACUGGGCGUACUUGGAGCCCCUCACCCAGGAAUGUACUUAUCCCCACCUCUUUUCCAUCAGCACGAGGGAGUGCACACACUUCAGGGAGGUCGACUGUGGCGCCAGGAAGGUCCUUAGAGCACCAUGCGAGUACCGGAUGAACCAGUGCCACCAUACCCCGUGCCUCCCCUGUCCAGUCCGUCACGGUAGUUGUGUGGGUCUGGAAGACGGAAACCACCCUUCCCAGAUCGGGAGUGGACCCCGAAGUACCUCGUCUGUGAGUCCGACAGAACAGUAGACCAGAAGGACUGCCCCGAAGACACGCCCAUCUUCUCCCCAGGGACGAAAAAAUGCGAGAGGUUAAUGGACAUACCGAAAAUAAAUGGCGGCACGCAACCAUCUUGUUCCGGACGUCACAAUGGUUAC